AUGUCUGAUAUUGAUGAAGAUUUAUUAGCUCUUGCUGGUGCCGAUGAAGAUGAAGAAGAGGUUCUAACUUCUCACUCCAAAAAAUCUGAAAGUAAUACAUCUAAGAAAAGAACAAUAGAAGAAGUAAGUGAUGAAGAAGAUGAUUAUAACCCAGAAGAUAUGGGUACUGGGAGAGGCCAUGAGGAUAAUGAAGAAGAACAGGACCCAUUUCCUUUGGAAGGUAAAUACAAGGAUGAAGAUGAUCGUGAAUACUUAGAAUCUCUGCCAGAAAUGGAGCGUGAAACGUUACUCUUUGAAAGAUCUCAAACCAUGAGAAAAUAUCAGGAAAGAAAACUUUUUAGGGAACGUAAUAGAGGUUUACAGAGACACCAAGAAAACAACAAACAGGACAACAAAAAAGUUCGUUCCUCUGGUAGGACAACUCAUCAAACUGGUCAUUCUGACCUGAAAGCAUCCAAACUAUCGCAGUUAAAGAGACAAAGAGAAAAAAAGAAUCAAAGGAAGAACUACUCAGAUGACGAAGAUUUUGAAGAAGAUGAAGAUGAAGAAAGAUACAAAGACGAAUAUGAGGACGAAGAUGAAGAAUAUGAGGAAGAUGAAGAUGACGAAGAAGGAUACAACCCACUAAACAGAAAAUCACGUUAUGCUGAAGGUGAGGAUGAGGUAGAAUGGGCCGAGGAAGAAACAUCUAGAGAUUCAGAAGUCAGUGAUUUCAAUAAAUUGAGAAUCGGUCGUUCCUUUGUGGCCAAGUAUUGUUUUUACCCUGGAUUUAAUGAUAUUGUUCAAAACUGUUACGGUAGAGUGAAUGUUGGUGUGGACAAACGUACUGGCGAAACAAAUUAUAGGAUGGUAAAGAUCGAAAAGGUUUUCUUGCAAAAGCCAUACAACAUGGGUAAAUUUUUUACAAACCAAUAUUUCGGUGUAACACAAGGUAAAGAUAGAAAAGUGUUCCAAAUGAGUUUCUUCAGUGAUGGUCUCAUCACCCAACAAGAAUACGACAGAUAUAUUAGGGCCCUUGAGAGUUCCCAUACUUCGAAACCAACAGUUUAUAAUCUAAACAGUAAGUCCAAGGAGUUGGUUGCUUUUGUUUCAGAACCAUUGACUGACAAAACGACAGACACAAUUGUCAAAAAUAGAAUGCUGUUUAACAAAAAAUUAUCAGGUACAAAUGCGGUAUUGGAAAAGACUGUCUUGAAAGAAAAAUUGCAAUACGCUAGGGAGAACGGUAAUGAGAGAGAUGUCGCCAAAUAUUCAGCCCAACUGAAUAAUUUUGAGAAGAGAAUGAACAUGUACGAAAAGCAUCAUGAAAAUGACCAAGCUGGUAGCAAGAAAUUAGGUGCUCUGACGUCAAAAAACAGAAAGUUAAAUAUGGAUAAAACUAAAACCGUUGAACAUACUAAGAGGGAAGACACGUUUGAUUCAAAGAGUGAUCCAUUUAGUAGAUUAAAAACAAGAACCAAGAUUUAUUACCAAGAUAUACAGCAAGAAGAGAAUGAGAAGGCAAAGGAACUUGCAAUUCAAAAGAAGUUGGAAGAAAACGAAGCAGCCAGAAUUAAAAAAGAGAACGAGUUGUUAGUAGCUAAAUUCAGACGUUUAGGUGGUCUCGAAAAGGUUAUUAAUAACAUAGAUUUUAAUAUUAGUAUAGAUUUGUAA